GGCCUGACCACUCGCCAACCCCCACCAGGCCACUGCCGUGCCGAAGGCCCAAAGCACACUCCUUUCCCUUCCGCCCCCCGGAAACCACCCCGCUCCGAUCUCAUUCCUCGCCAUGGACGCGCUGGGGGCCGAGCAGCUGAGCCUGGCCGCGGUGCGGGACGCGCUGGUCCGGCUGGAGGACUCGGUGGUGUUCGCGCUCCUCGAGCGCGCCAGGCACCCGCACAACGCGCCGGCCUACGCGCCCGCCGGCGGUGGCGGCGGCGGAGGGCGCUCUCUCGUUGAGUUCUUCGUCCGGGAAGCGGAGGCCCUCAACGCCAAGGCUGGACAUUAUCAAAAGCCAGAAGAUGUUCCAUUCUUCCCUCAAGAUCUUCCCUCGCCACUCUUUCCUACCAAGAGUUCCCCAAAGGUUUUGCACCCUCUAGCUUCGUUGGUCACUGUGAAUGAUGCAAUAUGGAAAAUGUAUUUCGAUGAAUUGCUCCCCUUAUUCACUGUUGACGGCGACGACGGUAGCUAUGCAGAAACAGUUGCGUUGGAUUUUGCAUGUCUGCAGGUGCUAUCAAGAAGAGUCCAUAUUGGUAAAUAUGUUGCUGAGGUGAAGUUCAAAGACGCUCCUCACGAUUAUAGUCCACUAAUACAAGCAAAGGACAGCAAUUCUUUGAUGGAUCUGCUUACAUUCAAGGCUGUCGAAGAGAAGGUGAAGAAGAGAGUAGAGAAGAAGGCCAGGACCUUCGGACAGAACGUCACCUUGGAGGACAACGCCGGCAAGCAAGAAGUCACUGCCGGUGACAGCGAAUGCAAGGUCGAUCCUAAAGUGCUCUCCAAGCUGUAUGAUCAGUGGGUGAUGCCAUUGACUAAGGACGUCGAAGUCGAGUAUCUCCUCCGCCGCCUCGACUGAUCACAAAACAUAGCAGCAGCUGCAAAUAUCAUGUGUGAUUUUCAGUUGUGUCAUCAGAGUGUUUUGCACACGCCUUUAGCAACAACUGUGAUUUUCAGCUGCAAAUAUUCAAACUCGAUUACCAGAGAAUGUUACACAUUUGCGCCAGGAUUUGGACUUGUCUCAUUUUGCCCGACCUGAUCAUCAGCUGUAUGGGAGUUUCAUCCAGCGAACACUUAUGAAAAAUCUUUUGAAAUUCAGAAACGAUUUGCAGAAGAGGCA